GAGCGCUGAUAACGCGCGCGGGGUGAACGAUAACACAUCAGACAACGGCACCUAUUCACUCCUAUCGCGCGACAACCUCCGCCACGCGUGGAGUCCUGAGUGAAAACCGAUCUGUGGAAAAUUGGGGAGGAAAUAGCCUUCCCGGGAUCAGCGUGGCCGUAUAGAGUUACGGCGGAGGCCCCUCCCCCUGUCUGGCUCGCUCUUUUUUCUCAACCUCUCGGUUGGCUUUCCGAGAGGGCUCGAUCCUGCUCACGCUCAGAGCGCUGAGAAAUAGCAGGCAGAAGAUGGCUGACUCCACCGGGCACGGUGAGCCCACAGCAGCAGCAGCAGCAGCAUCAACUUCACUGGGGCUUCUCGCACGCCUGCCAUUCGCUGCCACUCCGCAACUCUGAAACGGCCCCGCCUCGCUCCGUGCCGUGAGCCCGCGGGGUUUUUACCCCCAAAUAUUGACAGAGAUUAAAAGAAAACAUGGCUGAGAUGGAGAAAGAGGGAAGACCUCCGGAAAACAAGAGGAGCAGAAAGCCAGCUCACCCCGUGAAGAGGGAAAUUAACGCAGAGAUGAAGGUCCCGUCCAAUCGGCCCCUCCCAGGGGCGGGGCAGGCAGGCAAUCUCCAUGGCAACUCGCCCUACUUGAUGAGUUUUGCUGAAAACACCAUGAAUGAAUUGCUUGGUUGGUACGGAUAUGACAAAGUGGAGUUACGAGACUCAGAUGACAUAGAUAUCCGCAACUACCCUGACGGAGAAAUGCGGCAACACAUCUCUGUACUAAAAGAGAACUCUUUGCCAAAAGCCUCCACAUUAGAGAACAGCAGUGGUUCUCCUCCACACGCCAACAGCUCUGGCUCUACUCCGACAUCACGGAAUGGAGUGACAGCCGAGGCGUCUGCAAACCCCUCCUCCUCAAAGGAGCACGGAGGCCUGCCAAUCAUAGUGCCCUUAAUCCCGCCCCCUCUGAUCAAAGCACCAGCAGAGGAGGACACCUCUAAUGUUCAGAUAAUGUGUGCGUGGUGUCAGAAGGUGGGAGUGAAGCGUUAUUCUCUCAGUAUGGGCUCUGAACUGAAGAGUUUCUGUAGUGAGAAAUGCUUCGCUGCUUGUCGACGUGCCUACUUCAAACGCAACAAGCUUGGAUAUGUGAGGAAUUGCAGUGCCAGAGAGGAGGAGGGCGUUCCACACCACAGCUUGUCCAAAGACACGCCCAGACUUGUCCUCAAGACAAACAGCGAUGUGCUUGUCUGCGAUUGGUGCAAACACAUCCGCCACACUAAGGAAUACCUGGAUUUUGGAGCGGGGGAAAGACGGCUCCAAUUCUGCAGUGCAAAGUGUCUGAACCAGUAUAAGAUGGACAUAUUCUAUAAAGAGACUCAGGCCGCACUGCCAGGGGGUUUAUGUAACCCUCCUCUCCCCACAAGUGAUACGAAAUCAGAGAGUGCAGCGGGUGUACAGCUCCUUACACCCGAGUCCUGGAGUGCACCUCUAAACGAACUCCGCAGUCGCAAGGCACCAUCACCAGGGGGUGCCAACACUGGAGCCGGACCUUCUGGAUCCACCUCGGGGUCACCAUCUGAAACUGGAACUGUGUGUUCCUCCUCGUCCUCGUCAUCAUCGUCAUCAUCAUCUAAAAUCCCCACACCCCGGCCCCACGAAAGCCCUGUGUUACCGCCACCUCCUCCUCCGCCACCGUUAGCAGGUUUGCAUCCAGCUCUGGGUGUGCCACCCGGCAGCCCGCCGAUGGUCAUGACACCCCGUGGCCCAGUUCCUCUUCCUCUGUUUAUGGAGCACCAGAUGAUGCAGCAGAUUCGCCCUCCGUUCCUACGUCCCCCAGGCCCCAACAGCCCUCAUUCCAAUCCCAUGAUUCCUGGCAUUGGGCCACCACCUCCUCCACGGACUCUGGGUCCUCCAUCAAGCCCUAUGCACCGCCCGCUCCUUUCCCCCCACAUACACCCAUCCUCCACCCCAACCCUUCCUGGGAACCCUCCGGGUAUGAUGCCCCCUCAUCCCGGUGGCCACAUGCCAGGCUUGCCUUUCCCCCCAGUUAACAUGAUGCCAGCUGGACACAUCCCAGUUCCGCCCAUUAUGAAUAUUGGCAUACCUUCUCUAGCCCCCUUAGUGCCACCACCAACAUUAUUAGUGCCCUAUCCAGUGAUUGUGCCAUUACCGGUCCCCAUACCCAUUCCGGUGCCCAUACCAUUCAGUCCGCAGGCUUCUGGUGACCGACCAGGAAAUGACGGAACGCUUCCGAAUAUUGCAAGCGAGCGGGGUGAUUCAAAAGCACCGCCACCAUUUUCUCAAAGCACCUCCAGAGGGGAGGGGAGGGAUUUUCAGCAAGCCCCUCCCACCUCGGAUACACUUUCGCCAGGAUUUUCCAAACAGACGGAGCAAGGCAGGGCAAACGUGGCAGAGCUGAGAGUUAAAACUGAGAACUCUGGUAACGGAAGCUCUGGACACUCCCACAAAGACACACCAGCAGAUGGAGUCAUUGAUUUAACAACCAGUCGUCGUUCCCGGCAACAGCUAGUUAUCCAGAGGGCUGUAACCUGUGUGCAGGUAAAAGCAGAGCCCGGGUUAAGCCCACCACCUGCAGUUUUGUGUGAAACUGAGGUAGAUGGGUCUGCUGGUACUAGCACAGGUACAAUAGAAGAUAACCACAGAGACAGUAUUACUGAAAGCCCAUUGGCUAGCGUGGCUCUGCCUUGUGCCGACCCGUCCUACUGCAGCGGCACUCCGCCACUUUCUCAACCAAUCACAUGCAGCGCCUCCACUGUUCCUAGCAACACCACCACAGCUAAAUCUGAACCUGGCUCUGCUACGCCAUGCAAUGUGAUUGUUAAUGGGAGCUGUAAUGUGCCUACUGCAGAGAGUUCAAUCAGAACACCUCCAUUAGAGCAGCGCCCUCUAGUGGACCCUUGCCGGAGGACUGCCACUGUGUGCGACGAGUCUGCAGGGGCCGAUCUAGAAGGAGAGGACCUGAAAGAGAACAGCUGCUUAGCAACGGAAAGAGACUCAGCAGGUAAGAGAAGCUCAAAUGACCAGUCUGCCAUUACCGCAGUAACAGGGGAGGACAAACCCCAGAGCCCUGAAGAUGACCCAUCUGGUGAGGACCAUGCCUACGCCCUGCCCCUAAUGCCCAAACCUGGAUGUGUCAUUCAGCCCGUGCCCAAACCUGCUGACAAAACCGCUGCCAUUUUGCCCUGUGGCUUGACAGCCCCAUUAACAGGAACUGUUCCAAUGGAAAUGGAGCCUCCGCUGAAGAGAAGGUGUCUGCGUAUCCGCAAUCAGAACAAGUGAAAUAGAGGACAGAAAUCACCAUCUCACCAAAGGGAUAAAGAGGACUGCACUUCAGCAGAGACCAUCAGCUGUCCACA